AUGGUCAACAGCUGGAUUCCUCCUGAAGUCCGGCCCCUGGAUCCACCACGGCUCACACUCCCUCGCCCCUGCUGUGAGCAGUGUCUGAAGGAACAAUCGACUUCACCUGGCCUGAAAUGUACCUCGCCAGUAGGCCAGAAUCGGUGUACCUCCUGCGCGAAGUCAUCAAAAGAGUGUCGCCCGAUUGAUCCCAGGUUUUGGGAACGGGCUGCCUCACUCCUUCGACUCAGUGAUGAGGUAGCAACGGCCCCCAAGCCUAUUAGAGAUAGGAAAUCUCUUCUUCAGAAGGAGUGCUCUGACAUUUCAUUCCGUAUAAAUGCGUUCCAUCGUCGCCAAAAUCUCUCCCGGGGCAACUGGGAGCAGGCAGUAAUGCGGACACUGCUAAGCAUCGACAGCGCGACCCGACAGCUCGUCACCGUCGAGAGGUGGCCACAAGCUCGUUUGCCCCCUCUUGAGGAGGAGGUUGAGACCGAAUUCGAUGGCAUCCCGGACUACAAUAGUCGAUUCGCUGAAUGCAGUCAUGAAAACACCGACGAUAUAAAUGAGAGCAAGACGAAACAACAAGAUACAAGAAAGGAAGAGGAGAUGAAACUGGAAGAAAAUCAGGCCUUGGAAGAGAUCAUCGAGGAAGAAGCAAACAGAAUCAUGACUCGGCUUCGUGAACGAUUGUCUGAGCGACGGCGACAAAACACACCACAGCAGCAGGAGAAGCCAAUGCCGAAAAAGCGCAGGAUAGCUGGAGUGAGAAAUUAG